CGUGCACCAUUUUCCUUCUUUAUAAACCGACCCUUCUCUCUUCUUCCUUCGCAUCACAUCAAACACCACAAAAGGACAAAAAAAAGGAAUUAGGUUUGUCUUUUGAGAUGGCCGCCGACUUCCGCCGCUCCCUCUCCCUUCCCUGCGACGACGACGACGACGCCAGUAGGCCCCGCCACGCCCGCUCCUCCAGCGUCCCCUUUCCCUCCCACCCCGCAAUUUCCCAUCUCCACCACCUCAUCUCCGUCCUCCGCUUCUGGCCAAGCGGGGAACGAGCGCCCGGAGAACGUGUUGCCGCCGUCCUCCUCGACGUCGCCCGCCUCCACGCCGCGCUCGACGACCUCCUCCACCUCCCCCUCGCCCGCGAUCCGCUCCGCCGACCUUCCGCCUCCGCCUGGGCCGACCGCAUCCUCGACGACUUCCUCCGCCUCGCCGACGCCCACGGCUCCUUCCGCACCGCCGUCCUCGCCCUCGAGCAGCUCCACUCGGAGGUCCGCUCGUCAAUCCGCCGCCGUGACGCCGGCCGGCUCGCCUCCGCCCUCAGGGCGCACCGCCGCGUCGAGAAGGAUCUCGCCCGCCUCGCAGCCGCCGUCAGGGACCUCGCCGGAAAGGGCCCCGCGCCGCUGGCGUGGAUCUCGUCGGGAGAUGUGGACGUCGCGAGAGUCCUGAGAGAGGCCGUGACGGAGACCGCGGCAGCCUCGGCGUUUGUCUUCACCGCGGUGGCGGCGGUGUCGGCGGAGGCCUCGACGGCGGCGGGUUCGACAGGAUCGUUGGGAUCCUCGUCGGUGGUGGGGGCGGUGUUGAGAAAGCUGCGGAAGAGGGGAGCAGAUGCAGAGGCGGAGGUGGUGGCGUUGGAGAGGUUGAAGGCGGCAGAGGAGUUAAUGCGAGAGUUAACGGAGACGGGGAUUAGCGAGAGGGUGUUCCGAAGCUUGAUGAACGCACGAGUUUCCCUUCUCAAUAUUCUCACUCCCUCAUUGUAAUACUCAAUAGUAGAAACAAUUUAUUAUUUUUUAUAAUUCGCAGGGUAGAAAAUGAAAGAAUUCCUUUAUUUUGAGAAAGACAGAUGAAAUGAAACAUUAACCAGAUUUAUUUAUUUAUUUA